GCUUUUACGAACCAAUGAACGACGAGUUGAUGAACAGGACUUCAGUUAUUGGUCAGUUUCCAUAUAAAAGCUAACGUCACAUCCCUCCGCGCAGUGCUCCAAGUCCGAUCGUACAGAGAAAAGAGUGUCGGUUCGUGUUGAAUAAUGGCGGAAAGCGACUGUGGCUAUGAUGAACGAUACGAGUUCGAUGCUCCCUCCCACGUCUGCGACUUGAAGGAGCUGGAGAAUAACGACAGUGAUGAUCAGUGGUUCGAACAACAGGUCGGGGGCCUAGCUACACCUUUAACACCUGACUGGUCCAUUAUGAGAGGUAAUGAACCCAACCUGCCCAAAACUAUUGUGAUUCCUCAAGUCAAGACGGAUGUAGACAGUGGUCCUGGCACAUCCACAUCUCCACCCCCAAACGUUGUCACAUCCUGGGGAGCUGGAACUGCGACUCAUGCUAAUGGCCGACCAAAGAGGAGGACGGCAGAUCUAUAUGAGUUCCAUGCUACUUCCCACGUCAUCGACUUGAAGGAGCUGGAGAAUAACGACAGUGAUGAUCAGUGGUUCGAACAACAGGUCGGGGGCCUAGCUACACCUUUAAGACCUGACUGGUCCAUUAUGAGAGGCAAUACACCCAACCUGCCCAAAGCCAUCGUGAUUUCUCAAAUCAAGACGGAUGUAGACAGUGGUCCUGGCACAUCCACAUCUCCACCCCCAAACGUUGUCACAUCCUGGGGAGCUGGAACUGCGACUCAUGCUAAUGGCCGACCAAAGAGGAGGACGGCAGAUCUAUAUGAGUUCCAUGCUACUUCCCACGUCAUCGACUUGAAGGAGCUGGAGAAUAACGACAGUGAUGAUCAGUGGUUCGAACAACAGGUCGGGGGCCUAGCUACACCUUUAAGACCUGACUGGUCCAUUAUGAGAGGCAAUACACCCAACCUGCCCAAAGCCAUCGUGAUUUCUCAAAUCAAGACGGAUGUAGACAGUGGUCCUGGCACAUCCACAUCUCCACCCCCAAACGUUGUCACAUCCUGGGGAGCUGGAACUGCGACUCAUGCUAAUGGCCGACCAAAGAGGAGGACGGCGAAUCAACCCCCUGCCCAGCCAAGCAGGAUUUCAAAACGUAAAGUGACAACAACCGGUUCAGCUCCUACACAGUCGGCUGCACCACCAUCAAAGAAAUCCAAACCGAGUCCUGUUGCCAGACCAGCUCCAAAAUCCAGUAGUGUCCUCCACAGAAAUGGACAAAGGAAUUCCAGAAUUGCACCUAAGACUGGGAAGACAGAGCUGUGCAGCUCUGAAGAACAGGAGCUGGAGCGCAUCGAGAUCCUCCAGAAGAAAGUAGCUCUGCACCUCAGACAGAACGAGGCCAGCUACAAAGCUGCUCUGGCUGGCAAUCCACCCCCAAAGAAGGUGGCCCUGUCCACGACUGUGCCUAAAGAAUUCAAUUUCACCACAGACAACCGCAUUAAGGCGACUACUUCAUCCAGUACAGCAGAUAAAGAAGUGGACUUCAUCAGUCAGCUUCGCAAACCUUCCUCUCCAGUAAAGGCCAUGAAAGGUGCCACUAUACCCCAACCCUUCAACCUGUCGACAGGCAACAAGAGAAAGGUGGAGGGGUCAGGUGCCUAUGUUCCCAUGGCUCAGCAGAUUGAGCAGUACCAAAAACGAACCCCUGACCGCUACCAUCUGCGUAGUCGCCAGAGUCAAGAGAGGGGGCCACAUCCAGUGAAGGGCGACCAGCUGAAGCUCACCCAACCUCAUACCCCACACCUGAUGACCCGCCAGAGGAGCCGGCCCACUACUGUGAAGAGCAGUGCUGAGUUGGAGGCUGAAGAGGUGGACCAACUUCACAAGUUUAAAUUCAAGGCUCUGGAGCUAAACAGGAAACUGCUGGAAGGUGCAGAGCAUUUGAAGAAGCCAGCUGUGAAGGAACCCACAGUACCGGAAGGCUUCGAGCUGCAGAUUGAAAAAAGGCUCCAGGAGAGACAGAUUUCUAAGAAUCCUGAGGAAGAAGAGAGGCCACAUACCUUUAAAUCCCAGCCUCUGCCCAAGAGGAUCUUGGAAGGAGUCGUGGGAGUGCCAGAAAGGAAAGUUCUGCAUCCAACUGUUCCAGAGUCUCCAGCUUUUGCUCUGAAGAAGAGGGUUCGUGUUGAUCGCAAGGUCGAGGAAGUAAAACAGCCGUCACCAAUCAAGGCCCUCCCAGUGCCUUACUUUGGCCUCCCCUUCCAGCCGCGGCUCCCAGAGCACCACCAUGUGGAGGUCUGUCCUUUCUCCUUUGACGAGAGGGAGCGAGAGAGGAGGGCAAUGAAAGAAAAGAGGCUGGAGGAGAAGAAUGAAGAGGAGAUCACCAGGCUGCGGCAAGAACAGGUUUGCAAGGCUCAGCCCAUCAGACACUACAAACCUGUAGAAGUGAAGAAGAGUGACGUUCCUCUCACGGUCCCUCACACUCCAAAGUUUUCUGAUCGGUUCCGCCUGUGAUCAAACCUUAUUUCUGUUGGAAAUGCUGUAUAUAAUGAUCUUGCUACAUUAAGUUUUUAUAAAAGUCAAUAAAAUUUGUAACGUUUAGUGAA